AAACAGAAAGAGGAAUGUAAGCAGCAAAAAACGCGUACCACACAGGCUCGGCACUGCUACGGCGGCUACUACGGAGGGAAAUUCAGUUUUACACCGUGGUUAGCGAUACGUUUAGUGGUAAAGUAUGCUGCGAAUACUAGCCAUUCCAGCACGUGCAGCUGUACGUACAGCAAGUGAGUGAAAUUAUGUAAGCGUGUGUAGUAUAAGCCACAAAAUAUGUGUAUCCAUCGUUCGGAACUGGCUGGUAUCGUCGAGUAGUAGUAGUAGUAGUAGUAGUAGUAGUACCACCGCACCAACUUGUUGGUACGACUUUGUGCAGUGUUUUUAGCGGCGUCAUGAACGUUUACUAAGCAGAUCGGCAGGUCAGUAAUCGAGGAUUGCUUACAACAUUGCAACAAAACGGUCCACUACGCGAGCCCCGUAAAGCAUCGUACUUGAAGAGGAAGAUCUGCAUCGCACCGUAAAUUUGCGCACUCAUACAGGUGUACCGCCGGGGAGGUCCUUUCGCUCGACGAUGCGUGCUGGAUGCGCGCGUGUUAGUGAGUGAUGAUGAUUGCACACUAUUUGGAGUAAGCCGUAGCGUACACACUGUUCAGCGUAAUGGAAAUGUAAAUAGCAUGUUUUGAAUGCACUUUUUUCGCUCUCCCGGCCCUACCCGCAUGGUAUACGAACCAGUAGGACAGUGUGCGGGGGGGCGAGCGCAUUGAUGCACCACCAGUAGCAGUAGCAGCAGCAGCAGCAGCAGCAGCAUGCAGUGGUAUUACAAACUGUUGGCCCGUCGUCCCCAGCUAGUGCUGGUGGCCGUGGGCAUUUUCUCCAUGGCCUGCAUCAUCGUCGCCCUGUUCACCCGGAAGCUGCCCGACUUCGACGAUCCGACACUGGGUUUCGAAGCACGGGGUACUUCGAUCGGUAAGCGAUGGACGGCAUGGCGAAAUUUGCUGGAAGAAACAAGCUCGGCCGGACGGUUGGUGGCCAAUCCGAAGGAGCUUACCCUCGGUACGAACAAUCUCCUGCCAAAACGUUUCCCCGGUGCAGAUGCUAUCCGCAAACGGCGCAAGAAUAAAUCGAAAAAGAAAACAUCCAACGCCGUGAUCGAUGGAGAGGCGACACAAAAAAAGCUCCCGAAGUACAGCAACAAAAACAUACGCAUGCUGAAGGAGCUGUACCACAACCAAAGUGUGACCAACGGGGAAAUUGUUAGUUUUGAGGAGUACGACAAUGAAACGAUGGCACACCGGAGCGGCAGGCAGGAGGUGUGGGAGUACGGCCGCAACCAGUCGUACUACACGGAAGAGAUCGGUAACAAAACGAUGGAGAAGAAACGGGCCAAGUGGGAUACGCUGCGUAAGCUAAAACCGCCGCCGGAACCGAUCGAAACGCACAUACCCUCGGAUGGAUUCUUCUGCGAGUCACCGAACAAAGAAUACGCUCAUCUCGUAGUGCAGCGGAUAAACCACAACCUGAACGACAGUAUGUUCGAACUGAACGCUUUCCUGGCACUGUGUGAACUGGAGCAGAAAAUUGUAAAAGUUGAGCAUUACGGGGACAUUUGCCAGCGCGAGCUUACAUCGGACGAUUGCUGCCGGCCUUGGUCUAUCGUGAACUAUGUAACGUUUCUUUCGAACAAAUCGUCCUGCUUUGAGCUCAACGAGGAAGAUGUCGCUAUGGUAAAGACGCUGCUGUACGACUGCUUCCAGUACUACCAUAACAUGAAGCUAAGCAACGACUGUAUGCGAUCGAGCUGUAUUGCACCGAGCGAGUGCAAGCAGCAUAAUGCCGUGUACAACAUACUGCAUUACUUGGCGAACGUGGAUUUCAUACGGCAAAAUGAGUCUGCAGAAUUUCUCAAUACCACGAUGAUCUUUCUGCCUAUUGCCAGAAGCAUCAAAUCGAUGGAAUUUUACCACAGCUUAAGCCAAGUUAAUCUCGACAACGAUCUCGUAUCGGUUGUUGCUAUGGAUAUGGGUCUUAAGAAUGCAUUGUUCGACGAGUGCCUACUACGUGACGGGUGGCUGAUCGGGCUCGGUGGCAUAUUUGUCGUUAUCUGCAUGUGGCUCUAUACCGGGUCACUGUUUGUUACGCUUAUGACGGUGGUGGCAGUUGCAUUUUCGCUCGGAAUUGCCUACUUUAUCUACUCCUUCAUAUUCGAGCUUACGUUUUUCCCGUUCAUGAACCUGCUCGCUGUUAUUGUGGUUGUAGGUAUUGGAGCGGAUGAUGCUUUUAUUUUUCUAAAAAUAUGGCAAUGCACGAUCGCCGAUCGGAUGAAGUGUGGUGUUGGUAUCGUCAUCCCGAUCGUCCCUUCGACAUCGUCGUGCAAUUCCGAAGGCAGUGGAGCAGCGGCACGGGCUGCGUGUUCCGAUACGCUGGUAGAAAUUAUGGGCAGCACGCUACGACAUGCGGCCUUAUCAAUGUUGGUAACCUCGCUGACAACGGCGGCUGCGUUCUAUGCGUCCUACGUUAGCUCAAUUACGGCUGUCCGAUGCUUUGGCAUUUUCUCCGGCACGGCUGUGAUGGCAAACUACUUCCUAAUGGUAACCUGGCUACCGGCCGCCGUAUCGAUUGCCGAGCGUAUAUCCUGCCUGAUGCUGCUGAAACCAUUUGCUCGUGUAACGCAUCGCUGCACGCUUCCUUUCGUCUCGAUCGCACAUAUAAGUAGACGCAUUGAAGAUGCCAUCAUCGAUCUCAUAAUUACUCUACCCUGGUUGUGGAUCACUUUGCUUGGUACGAUCGGAAUUAUGAGCGGAAUAUUGGUACUACACUGGCCCAAACUUCGGCUGCCCGAUUCUCCCGACUUUAAGCUGUUCAUCAGCAACCACCCGUUCGAGCGGUACGAUAGCGAGUACAAGGAUAUGUUUUGGUUCGAGAAAAUGUACACGACUACGGAAACGUUCAAAAUUCCGCUCCGGUUCGUGUGGGGCGUCCUGCCCGUCGAUCGGGGCAAUUUUCUCGAUCCGGAGCAGCGCGGCGAUCUUUACUUUGACGAGUCGUUCAACAUGAGCGCACCGGAAUCGCAACAGUGGUUGCUGCAGUUUUGUCGUCGCAUCAAAAAUCAAACCUUCUACCAGACGAGCUACGGUUUGCUGCUGCCCAACUGUUUCAUCGAGAAUUUCAUCAGUUGGAUGGGCCGGCGGUGUAACGAUUCGAUGGGUGAAAUCGACCGUACGCCGUGCUGCGAAAUUUCACCCUUUCCCUUCACGCCGGACAUAUUCGACCUGUGCCUGCCGGAAUCGAUCUCCUCCCUGUACGAGACGCCACGAGAAUUUUUCAUUCCCGGUGUGGCUGGGCCAAAGUUUGGUCGCAGUGCAUUUCUUGCCAAUGGACAGCAGGGCACGGCACCCGACGCAUCACCACAUCCGCCGCAAACCGACAAGAUGGUAAAAGCGGUCGUGAUUGAGUAUGAAAGUACGCAAAUAUUUACCAUGUCCUACCACGAGAUCGACGCGUUCGUGCGUACGGUGGAGAGCUGGCUGGCCGAGCAGCUGGCCGACGCCCCGCCAACAAUGGCCAAUGCGUGGUUUAUCAGCGAGCUGGAAUUUUUCGACCUGCAGGACACGCUUUCCACGGGUACGAUGGUGGCAAUCGCGAUGGCAAUGGCCGUUGCACUGCUGGUGCUGAUGCUGGUGACGCUCAACGUGCUGAUCAGCCUGUACGCGAUCGUAACGGUAACGCUCACCAUCCUUACCACCGUGGCGAUGCUCGUUCUGCUGGGCUGGAAGCUGAACGUGCUGGAAAGUGUGGCGGUAAGCACCGCGAUCGGAUUGGCGGUUGACUUUAGCCUUCAUUACGGCGUACACUACAGGCUGUCGACCGAACCGGACCGUCGUUCGUCGACGCGCUUCUCGCUGCAGCGCAUGCUCGGCCCAACGGCAAUGGCUGCGAUCACGACCGGCAUUGCCGGUGCACUGAUGUUGCCUUCGAGCGUGCUGGCCUACAUACAGAUUGGCGUGUUUCUGGUGAUCGUCAUGUCGAUUAGCUGGCUGUAUGCGACCUUCUUUCUGAUGAGUUUGCUGCGUGUGGCCGGACCCCAGUACGGAUUCGGCCAGUUUCGCUAUCCCAAGCUGCGGACGGGUUUGCGCGGCAGUGGUGGUGACGGGUGUAAGGUGACCACCCAGCUCGAAGCUGGCGGGUCAUCGCGCAUCAGCCAUCAUCAUUUCCACACGUCGUCACAUCACCACCACCACCACCAUCAUCAUCAUCAGGGCGUUGUGACGGAACAGCUGCUAUCCAACUCGAGCUCAGCGGCCGGUGAUUUGGUCGGUUCGGAAUCGCACGAGCUCGAUUCCCUGACGUCGAACUCGAUCAUCAAACCGAUAGGUCUGGACAUUGCGAGGCCGAUCAAUUUUGAUCGGGCGUUCAAGAAAAAGUAUUCACUGCCCCGCGAGCAGAGCCCUUCUACCGCGAGCGCCAUAACGAUGGUGCUGCCGGACGAUAUCGACACUAAAGGCGCUUCCCACCAGAGUGGAGUACAGUAGUGGUGGUAGUGGUAGGUAGCAGCAGUAGACAUUAGCACAUGGAUUAACGCUUCUUGACAUGUCCUUUCUCCUGUAAGGAAUCGCACCACUGUCCUCCCCCGUUAAUCCGUAGUAUUACCAUUUUCAUGUACUUAGCCAGAGUGUGUAGUAAAGUUUUACAUUAGAGGUUUUCUCUAACAGACUUAGCAGCUUAGAGACACCUGCAACGAGAGCACCGUAGUAAUAGUAGUAGCAGCAGUAGGCGAGCGGUAGUAUGGUUUUGUGUUGUAUCCUCCCGUUUGGUUUGAUUGAGCUUCCAAACAUCGUUCAAAUACUUUCCGUGCCAAAACAAAAAGAAGAAGAAAAACAAGCGCAUUUAUAGGUACGUCAACGUUUUGCCGGUAGAAAUCUGGUAAAAGUUUAAAAGUUAAAAGUCCAAACCAGUUACAGUUGUAGGCAACACCCUAGGAUGGAUGUUUUUAAAAUGCUGUUGUUCGAAUUUAGUCUUUGUCGACUGUCUUUUGGCAGUCUGCCGUCUGUGCGGAUGGAUGGAUCCAUCCAACCAAUAUAUAUAUAUACAUACAUACAUAUAUUAACGUCUGUGUGAACGUCUGGUAGGACACAUGUUGCAACCGAUCUCAGAAAGGUUAUCAUUUAUCCGAGCUAUCUUCAAGCUUCGUACGGGAAUGUUGCAGGAGCGGGAGCUGUUUUGCUGUAGGCAGCAACACAGAGGGACGAGGAUGCAGCUAGAGGGAUACAUAUGAAUGUUGUGAGGGAAAUUAGAGCGAACCACUUUGUGAUACAUAUAUGAAUAUAUAUAUAUAUUUACAGAUACAACACUAUUAGUAGAGUAUUGGAAGAAGCGAUUGUUGGAAGAAACAGGUUUUACGAGACGAAUUAGAAACCCAAUACAAUAGAAUGUGUGUGUGUGUACAUUUGAAGACAAAAACAGUAGUAGUUGGACGAACGUACGUACAAAGCAAACAAAGCAAAAAGGAAUCCUAAUACUACUCGACUUUCGGCAUGACAAACGACGAACGCAAACGCAGACAGGUUGUUGGACGAGAGUAGUGUUAGUAAUGGACAAAAAAUCAACUAUAGUGUGAAAUAAUGAUUAUAAUCAUCGGUUCUACGGUGUGUGAAUAUAUGAACAAUAUUACCAACUGCGUUCGGAGCACACGUAAUCCAUC